AUGGCCCCGUUCACGACCAGUUUUCUCUACACAAUCCUCGACAACCAGCCGAUCUCCCCUGAAAUCGCUCAAGAAGUUCUCUCCACCUGUCACACGGCGCAAGAAGCCAUGGCCAGCAUCUCAACCCUGAUGGUGAACUACCUAGAUGCCCCCUGGUAUCAAUUUAAAUGGGUCACAGCACGGAAACACAUCAUGGAUAUGAAUUAUGACAUGUUCCGCAGCCUGGACAUCUUGAAUACCAAGCUGAACCACUUGUAUGUUGACCGCUCACCGGACAGCUCCUCACUAGCGUCAGCGUCUUCUAACGAGAACAAGGUCCACGACAUGCCCAUGUUGCCGCGCGAAAUGCAGUCGUCUGGUAGCUUCACGCUUCCUCGCUGGGCCGAAGAGGUACAGAAGUCUGCCAGCAAGACGCGCCAGUAUGCGGCGUGGCUGCGGAGCCGGAGCGAGACGGCGAGUGCGCAGCAGAUUGAGAAGCUGUACGCGGAGAUGAUGGAUGUUUAUGAGUUGCAGCGACUGAACUUGCAGGCUGUUGUAGGAAUGAUGCGCGGUAUACUUGCGUCUUGUGAGGCUGGUGAUGGGGGCGUUUGGAAGUCGGAUGUGUCGGAGGAGUUGUUGUGGCGGUGGUUGCCGGAUGUUUCGUGCGAGGUGAAGCCGCUGAAGCGGGUCUGA